AUGGCCAGCGUCACUUCUUGUGCCCCGUUAGAACCUGCAUCAAUUUCUUUGGCCCUUGAGAAGAUCUCGGACUAUAUCUAUCGCACACCACUCCUUAAGUCGCGCUGCCUUGAUGACAUCGCGUCAUGUUCAGAACCAAGGCGGAAACCUUUUUCAACGUCAAUGCCGAUACCACCCAUCGAUAACACAGCAAAUCACAAGUCAACAUCCCACGUCCCAAAGUUUAAUCUCUAUUUCAAGUGCGAGAACUUUCAGCGGACAGGUGCAUUCAAAGCCCGGGGCGCCUUCUACGCCAUCUCGAGCCUGGUUGAUGAGUUGGGUUUGGAAGUGCUGCGAAGAAAAAGUGUCGUGACCGCCUCCUCGGGGAACCAUGCCCAGGGUCUUGCGUUGGCGGCAUCAACCUUUGAGGUGCCUGUUCUGAUUGUGAUGCCGAGGAACAGCAACCAGAGCAAAAUUCAAGGCGUCGCAGCAAGCAAAAGUGCUAAAGGAGAGAUCCUGUUCUGCGGCAGCUCAAACGAGGAAAAGAAAGCUGCCGUGGAAGUCGCAGUGGCCUCGUCAGGUGGCAUCUUCGUACCUCCUUAUGAACAUCCUGAUAUCAUUCUCGGUCAAGGAACUUGUGCCAAGGAGCUGGAUGAACAGUUCCGGGAACUUACAUCACCCGGUGCAUCUGAUCGGAUAUUGGAUGCAGUACUUGCCCCCCUCGGUGGUGGAGGACUUCUUGGGGGUAUUGCCACCUGGUUCAGUGAUAAACCACAGACCAAGGUGUUUGGGGCAGAGCCAUCAUUCGGCGGAGCAGACGACGCAGUCCGCGGUCUGGAAAAAGGAGAACGAAUUGCUCAGGUGUCGUCCUCGACUAUCGCUGACGGUCUGCGAACACCAGUCGGCGUGCUCAACUGGGGCAUCGUGAGCGACCCGAACAAAGUGGAGGGUGUAUUCGCUGCUGACGAAGAGGAGAUCAAGAUGGCCAUGGAACUGAUUUUUGAGAAGUUGAAGAUCGUCGUUGAACCGAGCGCCUGUGUCCCUUUCGCUGUGCUUCUGUUCAAUGAAAGGUUCAGAGACUUGGUGGCACAGCGACAGGUUGAGACUCGGGUGGGCGUUUGGAACGUGGCAAUCGUACUUAGCGGAGGCAACACCACGAUAGCUGCAGUCAGAGACGUUUUCAACCCUUGA